GCAAUUUCUUGAGGAAUAUCUCGAAAGCAGUUUUCCAUCCACUUUCAAAUCUCAGAACACUUGAUUUGGGAAGAAACUUGCUCGAAAAACUGGAUAAUAUGACUCUUUCAGGACUUUCACAGCUAAAGAUUUUGGGACUUCGCGUAAAUAAAGUUAGGAUUAUCCCAAAAAAUGUGUUUGAUUCCACUCCAAGCCUGAAGUAUCUGUAUCUUCAAAACAACAUUAUUUCCUCUUUGCCAGACAAAGUAUUUCAGAGUCUUUCUGAGCUUGUUUCUCUUGACCUUUCGCACAAUAAACUAAGGAAAUUAACAGGAAUGACUUUCCAAGGGCUUCGUUCAUUGAAAAACCUAAACCUCCAAGGAAACAAGUUGACGGGUAUUCAGCAAAACGUGUUUGAAGGGCUUAAGAACUUAAAGACAAUAAAAUUAGACAAAUUCAUUCACUGCUGUUACGCUGAAAAAGCCAUUAUUGGUCUCGAAAAAUGUGAAUCCCUGCAAUCCAACGAAUUCUCUAGCUGCGAGGACCUAAUGAAAAGCACCGUUCUCAGAAUCUUUUUGUGGAUCCUUGGCUUGAGCGCACUGGUUGGCAACUUACUAGUAAUUGGAAAAAGGGUGUCUGAUAAAGAAUUAGAACGGAACACUAACUCUCUGUUGCUGACAAACCUUGCAAUUUCAGAUUUCUUAAUGGGAGUUUACCUGAUUACCAUCGCAUCUCUCGACAUCAAAUGGAAAGGAGAGUACUUCAAAUAUGAUGUAGAAUGGCGAUCAGGAGUUGGGUGUCGCAUAACGGGAAUGAUAUCGAUGCUUUCAAGCGUGGUGUCUGUAGCUUUUCUGGCGAUUGUUACGUAUGACCGACUUAUCUGCGUUGUUUUCCCAUUCACCGUCAAAAAGCUCAGUUGGGGAAAAGCUUUGUGUAUCUGUGGCUGUGUGUGGAUUGUUGGUCUGGUGACUUCAAUCAUCCCGAUCUUUGGCUUGAAUUAUUUCCUAAACGAUGAAGACGAUUUCGGUUUUUACGGAAGAUCUUCGGUAUGUUUGCCUGUACAGCUAUCAUCAGACCUUCAAGCGGGAUGGGAAUACUCAGUGGCGCUCUUCCUUGCAUUUCCAUUCGUUGCCUUCACAUUUAUGCUUAUUGCUUAUAUCGCAAUCAUAAAGACAGUACAGAAGUCAGCAAAUGCAGUUCGAUCAACUGCUGUCAACAGAGAAUCAUCGCUUGCAAAGAGAGUUGUAUUCGUCAUCCUUACUGACUUUCUUUGCUGGAUGCCUGUUAUUAUCAUCAGUUUCCUUUCUAUCACCGGCAUCUACAGCGACCCAUCUAAACAAAUGUACGUAUGGAUUGCAGUAUUUGUUUUGCCAAUCAACUCGUCCAUCAAUCCUUUCCUUUACACCUUCUUCACUCUAAGAAGCUCAAAAAAGACCAAUUACAAACCUACAGAUAAUCAAGAAAGAAAAGAUCAGAAGGAAUUGAAGUAUAACAUUCAACUCCUUGAAGAGCUUGACGUUCAAACUCAUCAUGAUGGAAUGGUUUUUUUCUUAGGCAAAGUAAAUUCUGUUGAUAAUACGCUCCACAUGGAAUCCUAUCUCAUCAAGUACUUCAGCCAAGACACGAAAACCAAUUGGACGAAAGAACUUGAAAUUCUAUCCAAACUAAACGACGACCAUAAAAACAUCGCGAAAUUCAGUUGGAGUUGUACACAAAAUGAGCACAAGACAUGUACCGAUGGCGUUUCCUCUAACAUAAAAAGGAUUAACUAUUCGUCCGCCAUUGGUUACGAAUGUGUGGUAAACAACCUGAUCUACGAUUUCCUGCAAGACAAAGCUGCUCUGACGUCUAGUGUCUUAUGUUCUCUGAGCAUCGAUAUCAUCUCAGCCAUUGAUUAUCUGCAAAAUUGUGGAAUAAGCAACAAUAACAUCAACCCUAGAUCAAUAGUUAUCUGCGAAAAUGACGACUCUCAGGUCGUGCUUGUAAAAGCAGUCCUGGUUGAUUUUUCACGAGCGAACAUGCUCAGAAUCUACGAGGAUGGUCAUUAUGCUAAGACUGAUAUCAUACAGUUUCAACGUCUUCUGAGGAUAUUCCUCAGUUGCUGCGAAGAGCUCACACAAUAUGAACAGAUCGACAAAGUGAUUUUGCUGUGCGAUAAAGAGCGAUCCAGAUCUACUACGACAGAGAUCAAGGCUCUUUUGUUGGACUUGGAAUGCCAAUUCAGACAUGUAUAAGCUCAUCUGUAUACGCUUACAAUGCAUCGGUAGUCAAUGAACAAUUAAUGAAUCGUUUAUUUGAUCAAUAAAUAACAUAACUUUAAAUGGGAAAACGUCACUGUAUAAUUAACUAUAUUUGCCCGCAAGCCAAGUAACAAUCAUUUUAAUAAGCUUAUUAACAAUUGAAUUUUAGAUAAACGAUAUUUAUCAUACAAGAUAUGCCAUUAGGCAUUAGAUACGAAUAAUAAAUUUACAGAUUAAUUAAUUGCACUUAAUAGAGAAGGCGCGGGAAUAAGGUAACUGCUAAGCAGCCAUGUGAUGAAAUUUAUAGACAAAUUAAUAUCGUAAUACAAGAAAAUGAAAAUUCAAGUGAUGAUUUAACAGUUUAUAAAAUCCAGCAUUUAUCAUAUCUAUGAGAAGAAAUAUUGAGUAUAAAUAAAAGCUGUAU